AUGGCGAUAGCUUGCCACAAACUCUAUGCUGGUCGGCUGGAUUCGAACUUCAAUAGACCCGAAGAUCAGAUCGACUGUUACGAUGGCCAAACAGUCAUUGAAUACUUUGGUCGCUUGUCUAAGUUAUGGGAGGAACUAGAUAAUCUUAAGACUCCUCGAGCUUGUUCAUGCGAAGCUUCUGCAGAUAUUGAGAAGGAACGAGAAGAGAUACGCGUUCAUAAGUUUCUGUUUGGGCUCGACGAGUCUCGGUUUCGAAACAUUCGAUCACAAAUAAUCGAUGAAGAUCCAUUACCAGAUAUCAAUAAUGUCUACUCCAGAGUCAUACGUGAGGAACAACACAACAAUACGGCGAGGUCUAAGGAGACUGUUACUACACGCUUCCGAGAUCCAAAUAGGACAUGCUCUCAUUGCUCUAAGAAGGGUCAUGACAAUUCAGAGUGUUUCCAGCUCCAUGGUUAUCCGGAAUGGUGGUAUGAACAAAAGAACACUAAUUCAGGUUCUUCGUACGGAUCGUCUCAGCGAGGCAGAGGAGGACGCUCGUUUAACAACAGUAACCGUGGUCGUGGACAUUCUAAUUCGGCUCGAGCAGCUUCCAACAACACCACUACUUCAAACUCCAACAACAACGACAACGACCCGAUUGGACAAAUCACUCAGCUCCUUCAGCUUCUUCAACACUCCAAGUCAACGAUCUCAACUGAGAAAUUGUCUGGUAAACCAACGUUAAAAGAUGUCAUUAUCGACACAGGGGCCUCUCAUCAUAUGACUGGAGAUUUAUCUCUACUUACUGAUCUGAUUGAUAUUAUGCCAUCAUCGGUUAAAUUUCCUAAUGGCCGAUGUUCACAGACCAAGCUGCGUCUUGUGAAAUAUGUUUUCGUGCUAAGCAAACAAGACAAAUACUUUCUCACUAUAGUCGAUGACUGCUCCAGAGCUGUCUGGACUUACCUCAUGUUAGAAAAAUCCGAAGUAGCUAACCUACUUCGCGAGUUCAUUGCUCUCUCGGAAAGGCAGUUUGAGAAAACAGUCAAAACAAUCCGAUCAGAUAAUGGUUCGGAGUUCCUUGUUCUUACGCCAUACUUUAAGCAACUUGGGAUUGAGCAUCAAACAUCUUGUGUAGAUACUCCUCAACAAAAUGGGCGGGUUGAGAGAAAACAUCGCCAUAUUCUGAAUGUUGCACGAGCAUGUCUGUUUCAAUCUAAACUGCCGAUUUCAUUCUGGGGAGAGAGUAUACUAACAGCUUCCCAUCUCAUCAACCGCACACCUACUCAGGUUCUGAACAACAAAAUGCCAUACGAGGUUCUCUUUGGUAAGAAACCCGACUUUGACAAGCUACGGGUCUUCGGUUGUUUGUGUUACUCACAUCGCAAGGCACGUGAUAAAGAUAAAUUAGGGAACCGUAGUAGGAAGUGUAUAUUUGUGGGUUACCCAUAUGGCAAGAAGGCAUGGCGACUAUAUGAUCUUACUACACAUGAGUUCUUCACAAGCAGAGAUGUUGUUUUUUCGGAACAAAGGUUCCCUGGUGUAGACUCAGAUGACGAUGAUGGUGUCUCUCCACCGUUGAAUAUUGAUGAUUCCACCAUUGAUGAUUGGUUCUUACCUAAUACUGACUUCAGGGGGAGUGGUUCUCCUCUCGCUGAACCUCCUACUCAACAGUUACCAUCUCCUUCUAUACCAUCGACUACCAUCCCUCCUACUGACCCGCAGUCAUCUCUGUCCUUGCCACCUAUAGCUGAUACUGAAACUCCUAUGUCUCCUACACGUGAACCUCCUCUGCCAGUAGAAGAGUAA